CAAUCUCAUUGAACAAAAAACAAAGACAAAAAUAAAACAACUUUCAUCAACACAUACACCAGUAAAAGAAAAACAUGGAUGAUGCAGAGAAAGCCGAUCUAGAACGCAUUUUCAAGCGCUUCGAUACCAAUGGGGACAGCAAGAUCUCGUCGGUUGAGCUUGGGGAAGCGUUGAAGACACUCGGCUCGGUCACACCUGAAGAAGUUACGAGGAUGAUGACCGAGCUCGAUACAGAUGGCGAUGGCUUUAUUUCCUAUGAGGAGUACCUCGCUUUCGCACAUGAAAACCGUGGCCUAAUGAAAGAUGUUGCCAAAAUAUUUUAAUUUAAUUUUUUUAUAUCUUUUUGGAAAGAUUCACUAA